AUGUCCGCAGUCAAGGCUCCCCCGGUGCGUCACGCCCACAUGCAUGCCGCCCGCGCCGCUUCUGGAUUGAGAUUUGUAUAUGAAAGCUUUUCAUCCGCACCAAAAGGCCAUGUGGUUGGCAUCGAUCUCGGAACUACUAAUUCUUGCGUAGCUGUUAUGGAAGGGAAAACGCCGAAAAUUUUGGAGAACUCAGAAGGUGCUAGGACAACGCCUUCGGUUGUUGCCUUCACAGCAGAGGGUGAGAGGCUUGUGGGUGCCCCAGCGAGGCGACAGGCCGUUACAAAUUCGAAGAAUACUUUGUCGGCCACUAAGCGACUCAUCGGCCGUCGAUUUGAUGACGCUGAGGUCCAGAAGGAUCUGAAGACUUCUUCGUUCAAGAUUAUUAAGGCUUCUAAUGGUGAUGCGUGGCUUGAGGCCCAAGGAAAAGCCUAUUCUCCGAGCCAGAUAGGAGCUUUUGUGCUUAUGAAGAUGAAGGAGACUGCUGAAAACUAUCUCGGUUCAAAGGUGUCUAAUGCUGUUAUCACCGUCCCGGCAUAUUUCAAUGACUCGCAGCGUCAGGCCACGAAAGAUGCAGGUCAAAUUGCCGGCCUGAAUGUCCUGCGUGUAAUAAAUGAACCGACAGCUGCCGCGUUAGCUUAUGGCCUUGAUCGCGUUGAAGACAAGACUAUUGCCGUUUACGACUUAGGUGGUGGAACCUUCGACAUAUCAGUUCUGGAGAUACAGAAAGGUGUUUUUGAAGUUAAGUCGACGAAUGGUGAUACGUUCCUUGGCGGCGAAGACUUCGACCAGGCCCUGCUAAACUACCUUGUUCAGGAAUUCAAGAGAGAACAAGGCAUAGAUGUCACAAAAGACGCGAUGGCUCUGCAACGUGUAAAGGAGGCUGCUGAGAAGGCCAAGAUCGAACUGUCUUCUUCACUUCAGACUGACAUCAACCUACCUUAUCUUACCAUGGACCAGUCUGGACCAAAGCAUAUGAAUAUGAAAUUGUCCCGUUCUAAAUUCGAGUCCCUGGUUGAACCGUUGAUCCGACGUACGAUUGGGCCAUGUGAAAAGGCCAUAAAAGAUGCCGGUGCGAAACCCUCGUCCAUUGGUGACGUUAUUUUGGUUGGUGGUAUGACGAGGAUGCCAAAGGUUCAAGAAACUGUAAAAAGUAUCUUUGGCCGAAAUCCAAGCAAAAACGUCAAUCCCGACGAGGCUGUGGCUAUGGGUGCUGCAAUUCAAGCAGGUGUCUUGGCCGGUGACGUCACCGACGUUCUGCUCCUUGAUGUGACGCCUUUGUCCCUCGGUAUCGAGACCCUGGGUGGUGUUUUCACAAAGCUCAUCAACCGAAAUACUACCAUUCCAACCAAAAAAUCUCAGGUCUUCUCAACCGCUGCCGACGGUCAGACUCAAGUGGAGAUUAAAGUUUUCCAAGGAGAACGGGAGAUGGCAGCUGACAACAAGUUGCUUGGUCGGUUUUCCCUAAUUGGCAUUCCGCCUGCCCCACGUGGCGUUCCUCAAAUCGAAGUCACGUUUGACAUUGACGCCAACGGUAUUGUGAACGUAUCUGCCCGUGAUAAGGGCACUGGUAAAGAACAACAAAUCGUCAUCCAGUCCAGUGGGGGUCUUAGCAAAGACGAAAUUGAAAACAUGGUUCGAAACGCUGAGCAAUAUGCCGAGGCAGAUAAGGAGCGGCGGGAUCAAGUCGAGGCCCUUAAUCAUGCCGAGGGCAUUGCACAUGAUACUGAGACCAAGAUGGAGGAAUACAAAGAGUACCUACCACAAGAGGAGAAGUUAGCUGACAAGGAAAAUGCGACGAGUGAAUCUAUCAAAAAGGCUACCGAUGAACUUCAGCAGGCAUCUUUGAAGUUGUUUGAGAUCGCAUAUCGAAAGAUGGCCGAAAGCCGUGGGAGCAGCGGUUCGAGUUCAGAGCAGUCAGAGAAGAAAAAUCAGCAGUAG